ACUUAGUCUCACUACCCUCCUUCUCUCCACCCCUAUUCCACCAUGGCUGACGACACCGAGGCCUUUGACGCCCUCGAGAAGGAGGCCAAGGAAUUUAACAAGGACGCCGAGAUCGACCGCAUCCUCAAGGCCUUCAAGCUGGACGCCUAUGCCGUGCUCGACCUGCAGCCGGGCGUGCCCGAGUCGGACAUCAAAAAGAUGUAUCGCAUCAAGUCGUUGCUGAUCCACCCGGAUAAGACGAGCAACCCUUCGGCGCCCGACGCCUUCGACCGCCUGAAGAAGGCGCAGACGGAGCUGAUGGACGAGAAGACGCGCACGCGACUGGACGAGGCCAUCGCCGACGCGCGCAUGCUGCUGAUCCGCGAGCGCAAGUGGACCGUCGACGAACCGGAACUCAAGACGCCCGAGUUUGCCAAGGACUGGCGCGAGAAGACCAAGGAGGUGCUGAUUGACAACGAGCUCAGGCGGCGCAAGCAGAUCAAAGCGCAGAUGCAGGAAGAGGGCCGGCAGCAGCGCAAGGAAGAUGAGGAGCUGGAGGCGCGCAAGCGCAAGCGCGAUCACGAUGAGGCAUGGGAGAAGACGCGCGACCAACGUAUUGGCUCAUGGCGCGAUUUCCAAAAGAAGGGCGCCCAGGACAGCGAGAACAAGAAGAAGAAAAAGAAGCUUAAGCCCAUCGGCUGAGGCUGCUCUCAUUUCUCCUCCCGUCGUGUCUUCUUUCCUUGCACCCUUGAUGCAUUGCAAAACGGGCAGACGGGGGCCAACGGCGUACGGCAUGCGACUAUGGACGAGUUGCUGGGCGUUUUUGUUCCAGGACAUGGAUACUACAUACCCUUGCUGUGAAGAAACCACAGUAGUACAUCACGAAUAACGACUCUACUUUG